AUGGCGAGAAGGAAGUCGGUGUGUUGCGGUGGUUCUGCUCUGGAAGUCACACUGAGCGUCCUGUUCAUCCUCAUGACGGCUGUGUGUGUGACGCUGAUCGCACUGAUGGCUACCUGGAAAACGCACGCAGAUCCAGAGCCAAUCACUUCUCCCAGUCCGCACAAACCUUACCUGAUCGGAGUGGGCCGAGCUGACAUCACUGGGCCGCCAGCCGAUAUCCCUCUGAUGGGCUAUGCAAACCCUCAGCAGAUGGCUGCAGGCAUACACACUCGCCUGUACAGCCGAGCCUUCAUCAUUGAUGACGGCAGACGGAGAGUCCUGUUUGUCACUGCUGACAUAGGAAUGAUUUCACAGAGGCUGCGACUGGAGGUACUGCAGGCGCUGCAGACGAAGUAUGGGGAUCUGUACCGGCAGGAUAACGUGGUUCUGAGUGGGACUCACACCCAUUGUGCACCGGGCGGGUAUUUCCAGUACACCUUGCUCAUGAUCCCCAGUAAAGGUUACAUCAAGGCGUCCAUUGAGCCGCUGGUCAACGGCAUCGUCAAGAGUAUAGACCUAGCCCACCGUAACAUGAGGCCAGGCAGGAUUUACAGGAACAGAGGAGAGCUGGACAACAGCAGCCGCAACCGAAGUCCCCACUCCUACCUGAACAAUCCUGAGAGCGAGCGACACAGGUAUAAGUGGAACACGGAUAAACAGGUGUUGGUGCUGAAGUUCACUGAUCUGGAUGGAGAUGGCAUCGGUAUGCUCAGCUGGUUUGCCGUCCAUGCUGUCAGCAUGAACUACACCAACAGGAUGGUGAGCAGCGACAACAUGGGCUACGCCUCUUACCUGCUGGAGCAGGACAAGAACCCCGGCGAGCUACCUGGACAGGGAGGUUUUGUCGCUGGUUUCUCCUCCAGUAACCUUGGCGACGUGAGCCCAAACACCAGAGGACCUCACUGUGUGAACACUGGUCUGCCCUGCAACUAUCUGAACAGCUCCUGUCCUGUAGGAGGGCUUAAGGCGUGUCUGGCCUCCGGACCUGGAGACGACAUGUUCGAAAGCACAAGGAUCAUUGGACACAGCAUCUACAGGAAGGCCAAGGAGCUGUAUACAAAUGCAGUUGAGGAGGUGACGGGGUUCCUUCACUCUGCUCAUCAAUGGGUCAACAUGACAGAUGUCACCAUUCAGAUCAACGACACACACAUGGUGAGCACAUGUAAACCAGCUCUGGGUCACAGCUUUGCAGCAGGAACAACAGAUGGAGGAGGAGACCUCAACUUCACUCAGGGUGCUGUGGAAGGCGACCCAUUCUGGGACGGGAUCAGGGACGCCAUCCUGGGGCCUCCAUCCAAUCAGACGCAGAAAUGUCAUCAUCCCAAACCCAUCCUGUUCAGCACGGGGGAGAUGAAUUUUCCUCUGCCCUGGCACCCUCAGAUCGUCGAUGUUCAGAUCAUCACCAUCGGACCUGUGGCUGUAGUAGCUGUUCCUGGAGAGAUGACCACCAUGUCAGGGAGGAGGUUACGAGACGCUGUCAAACAGGAGCUGGAGUCUGAAGGGACAUUCAGGGACACUGAGGUGGUGAUCGCUGGCCUGAGUAACGUGUACACUCACUACAUCACCACCUAUGAGGAGUAUCAGGUGCAGCGAUACGAAGGAGCCUCCACCAUAUACGGGCCGCACACGCUCAGUGCCUACCUGCACAAGUACCGAGGUUUGGCCAGAGCCAUUGCACAGGACCGAGUGUCAGAGCUGCCGGUCGGCCCUCAGCCUCCCUUCUUUAACAAGAAUCUCUUCACUCUGAUGCUUCCAGCUCCUGCUGACAGGAAACCAGAGAACACCAGCUUUGGUGAUGUGCUGCAGCAGGUUUUCCCUGUCUAUAGACAGGGUGAUGUUGUCUCCAUCACGUUCAUAGCGGGAAACCCCAGACAUUCUGGUGACAUUAGAGAUAAAACUUUUCUUACUGUGGAAAUUUAUGACAACAGAACAGGAACCUGGGAGGUUGUCCACACUGAUGCAUCGUGGGAUACCAGGUUUCACUGGCUGAAAGGUUCAAACCGGCAGAGUAAUGCCACAAUCGAGUGGCACAUUCCCCCGUCAGCCCACAGCGGCUUCUACAGGAUCAGACACUUCGGGCACUACAAACAGAUGAUGGGCCUACGACCCGACAUUAAACCAUACCAAGGGACAUCUGAUGUUUUCAGAGUCGCUGCCAGCUUUUACUAUCAGUGACUUCACAGAUCAUGGUCCCCAAGGAACAGAAGUCCAAAAGUUAUUGAUCUCUCCAGGGUUUUGUGCCUCUGUGGGGAAGA